AUGGCCCGCCAUCAAAACCAAGCUAAGGCUCCUCAAAACCCGCUGGCCUCUCCGCAAGCUAAACAUCAAAAACGAAAGCGGUCGCGAGAAGCCGAAGAUUCUCUCCACAUUCCAGCCGAGCGUAUUGUAAAACGACCGCGAACGUCACUUGCUGCUGUUGGGAAUAUACCUAUCCAAGAGUCGGCAAGCAAAGGCUGCGAACAUAAUAUCAAUCCAAUCGAUUACUGGAGGAAGGAAGGAAUCUGGCCCAAACAAUACUUCGAAAGGGGAAGCAACAUGAGUCAUCUACUUGCAAGGAAAAAAUCGACAUCUUCUCUACGCCGCAAGCCAUCGGAAGCUAGUUCUGUCGCCAGCUCCACCACACCCAGCGACCAAAAGCCGAGGGAGGAAAAGAGCGCUCCAUAUGGAAAUGCGCGCUACAGAACGUUGCUUGAAACCAAGGGCAGUUUUAUGAAAGAAUCUAAACUGGGUAUCGCGGAUGCUAGCAAAAGCAGUUACCAAACUUUGCUGCAUGCUGAACAAAGAGUUCCGGAGAACUCAUUAUUUCGUGACGACCUAUUCAAAAAAAUCUGUGAGAAGAUGCAGGAUAGGAAUGAGGCCAUGGUUAUUCAGGACAUCACUCGAUUGAUUGUCCCUUCAGCAGAAAAUCUAGCCAUAUAUGGCGACGAGCAUCUCAAGAUUUUGAUUGAAAGUGUUAGUGAAGGCUGGGAUAACGCUAUCCCUGUCACGAAACCUCGUCCGCAGCCUGAUUACUCUGUGGGUUUCAGACGAGAGGCAUUUACAGAUGGCCAACUGCAAAGACUUCAGCCCUUUGUCGGUGACCUGACCGACACAUCCUACUUCAUGGCGACAUUCUACAUGUACUUCCCAUUCUUAACAUGUGAAGUCAAGUGUGGCGCAGCGGCACUUGAUAUCGCAGAUCGACAGAAUGCCCACAGCGCAACUAUUGCAGCGAGAGCUACCGUUGAGCUAUUCAAGCUCGUGAAGCGCGAAAAAGAGAUCGACCGAGAGAUACUCACCUUCUCAGUCUCGCAUGACCAUACGGCAGUGAGGAUCUACGCUCACUAUGCAGUUCUUGAAGGAGAGAAGACGAAUUUCUAUCGCCACCCAAUCCACAAGUUCGAUUUUACCGCUCUGGAUGGCAAAGAGAAAUGGACGGCGUACAAAUUCACGAGAAAUGUCUAUGAUAGAUGGAUGCCAACUCAUUUUAAAAGAAUAUGCUCUGCAAUUGAUCAGAUACCCCCUGAUGUGGAUUUUGACAUUUCGCAGUCGGAACUUCAAUACUCCCAACAAUCUAACUCCGAAUCGGUGCUUGCAGUCGAGGAUGAUGACAGCCAGCCAAGUCAGCGCCAUAUUGCCUCGGCAGGUGUUACGCCAACUACCUCCUUUACGGAACAAACACAGAUAUUCAAAAGGCCAAGAAAGAAGCAGUAA